AUGACUGGCAGCGAUGCUGGUGAUGUAUUUUAUGUACCUGACUUUUGGGCGCGGUCUGAAUUAUCAUUAGAUGCGGCAUCCACGAUAUGUCCUUUUUUUUCUGUGUCCAAAUUACAAGAUAUUGAGGACACACUUCCGCCUCUUGAAUUCUCUACGGCCGACGAAUUCACGCCUUUCGGUACUUCAAACCUCGGCCUCAACAUACCCAGCUCCUUUCAAACGCAAACUCGUCCUAAAAUUAUACUCGCCGCAAGAGAAACGUCGCAGGAAUAUGAAACAAUUGGACAAGACAUAUGGCUCUGUCCUGGGGAAUUUUCCCCGAAAUAUCCUAUCCAUCAGACUUGGGAUGAAUACGGAGAGAGGAGAUCCGGCAGGAUUCCCAACCCAUACAUUACGGAGGCUGGCGCAACAAUCUUUGAUGCUGCGAUCACAGAUCCUGAUGAUAGACUAGGGUUUGCAAACGAUGAAUUCAUUGUAAUUAAUCGUAGAAAGUUUGUUCAGUCCCUCUUGGCCUUGGGACUAGGCAGAAGCUCCGUACUAUUUUUAUGGGAUGAAGAGAGGCACAGUUUUACCCAAACUGCUCCGCGAUUACGAACAUCUGGUUUGACCGGUGAUAUUCUGAUUGAAGUUUUAACAAUCUUCAUAGAAUGCGGGAAUAUUACCAAGUCCCUUCGGAAGUACGUAGACAAGUGUUACAAUGAGGAAACUUCUCCUGCACGAAUUGCACUUGCUGACUCGGUACUAACUCUUCUAAAAACUAUUCAAUUACAUUUGAAAGAUACAGCCUUUCAGAGACUAAGCAUUAUUCAGCUCAAAACUCUAUUCAAUCCAGUCCAUUCGAUCCUAACCUGUUUUCAGAAACUAGUAAAUAACACUGCAGCUAGCCGCAGUGAUGAAUCUCUACUUUCGACAAUAUUUGAAGAUAUUCAAGUUUUGGAACAAAGAUCCGACUCCCUUCGAAGUAUACUUCUAGAAGUUCUCACUCGUGUCUCACAGCCGUGGUUAGACUUUGUUAGUGAAUGGAUCGGCCUGUUGCCAGAGAGAGGGUUACCAAUGACGAAUAAACAUAAAAGAAAAAGUCUUGUUACACUUUUAGCUGCGGGAUGGGUCGAACAUGAAGGGACUGAGAAUAUCAGACCUGAGUAUGUCCUCGAUUCAGACAAAAUUCCGUCAUUUAUUGCAUCGGAUGAUGCUCGAACUAUUUUUGAGAUAGGAAAAAGUCUGAGGCUUCUAAAGGUUCAUCAUCCAAGCAAUCCCCUAGUAAAUGCUGAGAUAAUUGCUCACAUAAAACCACCGCAUCUUAAGUGGAAGUUUUCCUGGCAUGAAAUCUCUCAAGUUGAAGCAACUGCCUUACAGUACGAAGAAACGCACCGGAGUAUGAAACAUGCCCUUUUUCUUCGCUCUAUAUCAAGAAAUACUCCUGAAAUUCAUCUGAUUCCCAGGCCUAUUCCUGUAAAUUUUACAGUCUAUGGAAAGCAAGUAGAGGCUAUAGAAGCCUCUGUCUCUGCCUCGAUUUCUAUAUUCGAUCAGAUCUUGGAUAUCGAAAAGCUCGAGGACAAUCUUUCACGACUGCUCAAUUCGUAUUUCAAUUCUACAACAACUAAUAUGGAAAAUAAGAACUCAAUAUUUGCACCUCCUAUUUCAAUAGCACCAGUGCUUUCUUUUAAUCCAAUUGUAGCGGUACAAGCUAGAAUUAUCAAUGGAACUUGUAUGAAAAUGCUCUUUCAGUCUCACAGGCUGCGGGAUCAUCUAAAUAUGCUGAAACAAUUUUAUUUACUUAAUCAUGGUGUAUUCUCAACUCGGCUCUCACAUAUACUUUUUAGACGUAAACCCGAGAGUUUGUCUCAAUCAACCACCCAACAAAAUAAGGUCGCAAGCCUUCGGACUCAUCCUAAUAAUUGGCCUCCAGCAAGUCCAGAGUUAUUACUUGAACUAUCUGGUAUAUUAGUAGAAAGCUAUUACCACCAAAGGAAGCUCCCGAACAAAUCUCUACCUGGUAACUUGAGCUUCGCAAUUCGUGACAUGUCACAGGAACAAAUGACCGAGUGUAUGAAACCAGACGGAAUAGAAGCUCUAGAUUUCCUCUGCCUCUCUUACAAACCACCAGCGCCACUUGAUGUUGUCAUUACUCCUCUAAUCCUUUUUAAGUAUGACCAGCUGUUUAAAUUUUUAUUACGAAUAAGAAGGUUGCUUCAUGUUGUCUCAAACCUCUUCUGGGCCACGAUAUAUAGAUCUCCUCACCCUCAACCAAGUCUUCUUACGGCCCAGCGCUUCCAAAUGGAUGCAACCCAUUUCAUGUCCAGUAUUUCAGGGUAUUUUUUUGAUACUGGUGUCAGUGCUGCUUGGCAAAUUUUCGAAAGGAAGCUAGAUCAAGUUGAAAGUUUUAUUAAUAAUAGUGAGAAGACUACUUCUAGUUGGAUUGAUGGUCUCGAUAAGUUUCGCGACUAUCAUGAGCGAGUUCUGGACCGCAUCAUGUUUGUCUUCUUAUUACGCAAGCGGCAAAAAUCGGUGCUUCAUCUUCUUGAGGAGAUAUUUGGCCUAAUUUUACAAUUUUCCAGUGAAGUUCAGGGCCAGACUCGCUGCGCCGAUGGUCUGGAGACUGAUGCAGAGAUCAAAACCCUCUACAUUACCUUUAGACGUAAAGUUGCCGUUUUUAUCACAGUGUUAAGGGGACUUCGGGAAAAGAAAGGGUAUGGGGAGACAAAAAAUUUGGAAACCAGAGGCUCAUUAAGUGAGGGAAUAUUUGCAUGUAGUGAAUUGAUUGAAGAAAAUACCAUUGCACAGCUUCUCUCGCGCUUAGAAAUGUCAGAUUAUUUCGAAAAUCAUGUUCAUUUUUAA